AUGUCUUACUCCACCGGCACAUCCGCAUUCACUCUCUUCCCUACCGCAACGGCUUCGCCGAACGCGUUCAGCAUCUUCGUCGCCACGCAGUCACCUCGCGACACCCAUAUUAUGCACGAGGACAUGCGUAACCUCCUGCGGCCUUCGAGCACACAGAAUGUGCGGAGAGUCAGCGCCUCGUCGCAGAAGACCCGUGGCCUCAAAAAGUUCUUCGGGAUUCAUACUCGCGUCAAACACCGUGAGGGCAUAGAGACCGAGAGUCUGCCCAGUCACGCGAGACGACAGAGACCAAAUCAAAACACUUUCGUUGCGAAGCGGCUCGCCGGGCCCGCCCAGAAGCAGCUGAAGCACAUCCAGCUGGGCGUUGGAACGCCUCGCUCGCGCAGCGCAAUGGACCUCCCUUCAGCGCGAGAGAUUGAACUCGAGACGCUCCUCAGGGAGCGCGACGCGCAGGUGGCAGAACUGACGGACGAGGUCACUCAGCUACGGCAGUACCUCUCGACGCAACCUGGUCCGCCGACGGCGGAUUCUAUCUCCCUCCCGCCAGCCCUCGUGUCCCUUCUGUUACCCCACAUCAACGACCGCUCAUCUCAGUCGUCGUCGAACACCGUGACCGCUGCUCUCGUGCAGCGAACAAAGGUCCUCCAGCAGGAAAAUGACGAGCUGUAUGAGCUUCUCAAAAGCGGAGAGACGGGGAAGUUGAAGGAAGACGUCCGUGCUCUCCGGCGGGUCGUCCAGAAAUUGGAAGGCGCACUGAAAGAAUCUCACCAAGUGAUUUCCUCUCUCUCAUCCGAGCUCGAGAAAUCCCACGAGACAAUCAUGGCGAACGGCCGUCCCGCGGCCGCUCCCAAAGUCAAUCCUCAUUCCCAAUCUCCCAUUCCCAGAAACAUGUACCAACAGCCUCCUCACCUAUCCUCCGCCAAUGGCGCAAGCAAGCUGCCACCCACCGGGCCGCGCGCACACAAAAAGCCGCGGCUUUCCGAGUCGCACACCCCUCCCGCGCCCCAGGGCAUGCCGCUGCACUCGGGGCCCAAGAGCGGCCACGCCCAAUCGGGCUCUUCUGCGCGUGGCGACUCGCGCGAGCGCCGCGGUUCGGUCGACCGCAAACCGGUCAUCGGCAUGGAUAUCGACGAGGACCAGCGCACUCGGCCGCGGUCACCUGAUCGAGACCGUGAGCGCGACCGUCCGAGCCGCGGAGAGCGGGAGAGGGAGCGUGCGCGGGAGAGAGAGCUCGACCGCGAGCGUACACGCGACCGGGAGCGCGUGAGAGAGAGAGACAGGGACCGUGACCGAGACCGUGAUCGCGACCGGUCCCGACGGAAUGGCGGCGGUGGCGGCGGCGGAGGUGGUGGUGGCGGAGGGCGCGGGGGGCGCCGCGGACGGGGCCACAAUGCGAAUUCUAACGCCAACUCCAAUGCCACCGCCAGCACCAACGCCAACGCCAUCGUCAUCGCCAAUGUCAAUAAACCCAACUCGAACGCUGCAUACGAUAGCGCAGACCGGACGUUAGCGGAGAGGAUGGGACUUUGA